AAGAUGCAGCACAGACAGCGCAAAGAGACGAAGAAGAAUUUAACGGUUCCCGGUUGUUGAACCGCUGCACCCUCCACGGUGCCGGUGGCUUACAGGCUGAUUUGGGAUCGAGUGAGCCACCGGUCAGACGGUUGGCUGUUUCAUUUACUUCACCAGGCCAUAUCACCGCGAUGUGUUAACAACGAGCAGCUAUGUGCUAAUAACUCACCUCAUCCAGGAUCAUUACUGCAAACAAAGAUCCAGAGCAAUGGAGGAGGGCUCUGAGGUGAUGGAGGAUAUUGUAUUUCGAGGGGUGGAGUUUUCUGUGAAGAUAGAGGUGGACAAGGGUUCGCUGAUGGUUGAAAUCUCUGACUCAAUGACAGCAGAUCAAUGGAGGGGGGGAUUUGAUCCAGCAUAUAUUGAGGACCUCACUCGGAAAACUGGUAACUUCAAGCAGUUUCCCAUUUUCUGUAGCAUGUUGGAAUCAGCUGUUAGAAAGACGAGUGAUUCUGUUACACUUGACCUUUUGACCUAUGCCGACCUGGAGCUGCUACGUAACAGAAAAGCAGGAGUGGUUAGUCGUCCUCGCGGACAUCAACAAUCAUCUGCACUCACUGCCAAAAGAUAUCUAAUCCUCAUAUACACUGUGGAGUUUGACAGGAUACACUACCCUUUACCCCUGCCCUACGUGGGUAAACCUGACCCAGCUACCCAGCAGAAGGAAAUCAGAACCCUCAGGGCUGAGCUCAGCGCUCUCACCUCACAUGGAGUUGACAAAUCAGCAGGACUAGAAAUACAGCGGCUACGAGCAGAGUUGACUCUGGUGAAAGAAGAGAAGGAGACCAUGGCCAAAGUUCUGGAGCGAUUGCAGAUGACAGCUUGUGGUCCCACACCUGGGCGAGAGGACAGGAGGGUUAUAGAUGUGGUUAGGACGCUGGAGGAACAGCUUGUCAAGGAGAGAGCCAAAAGUCAACGCUCUGCAAGCAAGAGAUGCCAGGAGCAGAGACUCCUAAUGGAGCAGUUGGAGGAGCUGAGAGCAUCAGAGUGUGCUCUCCGUGUUCGUGUCAAGAGUCUCACCAGUGAACUGGCGUUACUACGGAGAGGGUUAGAUACUCUAAGCAUCAGAGUGACGCCUGUGUCUGGUCACAUCAGCUCUCGAGUCGAUGGGGAAAGCUAUCGUUCUCUAUCCCGCGAGAGAAGAACAGGGUACGGGACGGUCAGGGCUCGCUCAGGAUCAAGAGAACGGAUACAGGACCGAUUGCAAAGGUCAGAUGAAAGAGGAAGAAGAGCGGAUUCUUCAGGACCACGUGCUCGCAUACCCAGACCUUCACCCUCUCCCACUGGGUCACGGGUACCACGCUUUGAUCCAACUGCGUACAUCCAGGACAGAAAUCGCAGACAGAAAGAGACAGAACUCAAAAAACAGAGGAAGGUGCGGAAGGAUAUGCUGACGUCACCCCUCGUCCCUGAGAGGGGACGUUCACGCUCCAGAGAGGCCUAUCCUCAGAUGGCCCGGUCUGGCAGCAGAGGCAGGAGUUUAUCUGUGGAGCGGAGAGGAAGCAGGAACUCCUCUGAAAGCUCAUUAGUGGACAUGGAUGAAAUGGCCAAAAAUUUGUUCAGAGGACGAAAAAAGACUUACAAUGGACCCAAUGUGUCAAAAGGAGGCCUUUUAACCAGGAAGCCAUUGUGUAGUACUCCAACACACAAAAUGAAAGACAAAGAGAGCUCCAUAGAUACAGGUGCUGAGCUGUCGGAGAUCGAUGCCAGGCUGCAGGCGCUUCAGGAAUACAUGAGGGACCUAGAUACAGGGCACUGACACAGUUUAGGCUGAGGAACCGAUCUUCAAACAUGAGCAAUGGGCUUACCUGUUCAUGUGUGCUCAUGUAAGACACUAAGCCUCCCUCUGGAGGGUCAGACUCACAGGAUUUCAGGAAGCUACAGCCAUCACUGUGAAGGACUACUUUUUGUGGACUGAUAUAUUUUUUUUUUUUAUAUACCAAGUUUUUAUUAAUUAACUUAAAAUGUGACUGUCUGAGUGUAGUGUCCUUUCUUCUUCACACCUCACCAAACCAACUUAACUAGUGCAUACAUGUCAAAUUUGGCAGUACAUCAAUCAAUUAAUAUUUUAAUUUCCCCUUUACUUGAUGAUUUCUAAUCUUCCAGAUCCCUUUUUUCUUUUUUUUUGAUAAAAUACAUUUUAACAUGUAGCAGGUGAAGCGGAUCAGUCAUUUUUCAUCUAUUUGCACAUGUACGUCCAAUAUCUUUUCUGGGAUGUACCUAACAAUUCAUUACUGUUUUAAAAUGUUGGUUAUUUUAAUUAAUUAUUUGGACUCAAGCAUCAGGGAAAAAAUCUAAAUUUUAACAUCUUGAAAUUGCUUUUCUGUCAAAUAGUCCAAAACCCAAACAUGUGUUAUUUAAAAUGAUAUAAAACAAGGAAAGCAACUAGUUCUGACAUUUGAAAAUCUAAAAUGAUCAGAUUUUCUAAAUUGUUGGCAAUUAAUUUUAUCAAAUUGUUUUUUAUCUCUGCGGUCUUCUCCGGUGCCUGUGUGUAUAAUCUCUACCUUUCAAAACACAUCAAGUCCACCAUUUUAAACUGAAAUGUCCAUGGGUGCAAAUGUCAUAGUACAUUGAUAACCACAGACUGUUGAACCUGUGAUGGACUGGCGUUCCUUCUGCCCAGUGCAUGCUGGGACACAUUUCUGCAGUUUCUGCACCCUGAAAUACAGUAACCAAGUAGAGGAAAUGAGUGACUGCAUGCUGCAUUUCACUACAUGAUUUGGUGGUUAUUUGUCAUUCCUGCCAAAGUCUGCAUUUUCCAGUUUAUUCUUCACAUUGAACUCAACAUUAUCAGUGAAUUUAGAAAUAUAAAUUGAUACCAUUAUGACCUUUAACUUGCUGAUCCACUAAGUGGACCUAAUUUCCCUUUUGAGGUGCUUUCCCCAAACUAAAACAUAAAAAAUCUCUAAUUGUGGAUAACAUUUGUGUAAGGGGGCAAUACUUGACUGCCACAUGUAUGUGUAUGUGCACAAAGACUUAUCAUUUUUUUUGGGGGGGGGGGUCUAAUGCCUUUUAUACCACUUAAAAAUGUAAUUUAUAAGAAAGGUGUCCUCUGUGUAAAGGUUUUUUGUUUUUUUAAAAAUAUUCCAGGCCUGUAUAGUGUUUUGCACACUGCUUUCCUUUGCACUGGUUGUCAGCUGAAGUGGAGCCAGAGGGAAACCUUGAUGGGUUUCCACCACUGCAGCUGGCUUGGUUUCAUUAAUUAACAAAUAAACUUCCGAGCAUGGAACCUUCCUUUCGGGAGCAAAUCAGUGUCUGAACAGCUGCUCCCUUUCUGCUGGGAUACUUGUGAGGGAGAUAACGUUAUUGUUGGUGUAUGUCACGAGGAAGAUUAACUCAGCAUUGACCAACUUGGAAACUGUAGUAAGCUGCAGAUUCACAAAACGGCAUUUGCGUAAAAUGAUAUUCUUGAGAGGAUGGGGAAAUCAUUAUUUACAUAAAACACAGAAGAGAUAUCCUCUCUCAGCCUAGUUAAUGGUUCACAAACAUGGGCAAAAAUAAUAGGAACCAAUUAGGUUUUUUGUUGAUUUAUUAAAGAAUUAUAACAACUGGUAAGAAACAUAUAAAUGUUAAACAAUAGAAAAGGUAAGGCAUGUAUAGUAAACAUCCAGUGUUGAAACCAUCAACUUUAUGUUCUCCACAGAAUAUUAUUUUCGGUGAGAAGCAGCUGAAGAACUACAAGGUUUUUGCCAACACUAUCAUUUGUACAACUUAACUACAUAUCCUAUGAAAGUUAAAGUGCUCAGAGUGUUACAAAUCAAAACUGAACAUUGCAAUAAUGUGACACUUGAAACUCUUAAGGAUUGGAGAUAUGGUUCUAUGACACCUGAUUACAUGCUGCUGCUAUGUUGUUUUAAUGUUUUGGGUGCAGUGUACUCUCGUUACCAUAUUGGUUAAUGAUACAUUCAAUUCACUGGUACAGCAGUGAUUAAAGAAGGUCCCUAUAAUGUAAUAAAGAACAAAGGCAUUGCUGUGUUUUACCAGUACAAUCACAGUCUGUCUGGGCUGGUUCACAAUGAU